UUUUAAAAUAAUUCUAUAUUGAUUUUAAGAUUAAAUGAUCGGAAGAGAAUUUCUAUUAUUCAAUAUGCAACAAGAUGUCAAGGAAUGAAGUAGACAUUGGAAGAGCGAAUUAUCUUCACGAUAUCGAUAACAUCAAUUGGGAUACACAUAUUAUGAUAAAAAAUAGGAAAUCGGAUGACACGGGCCCCGAAAUUACGAAAAAACAAAAUGGAAUGAGUAACGGCGGGCAAAAAAGACACCGUAUUUAUAGUGAUAUAUUAUCAAAAUUUGAUCCAACUUGCGUUCACGACUACAUGCGAAACGUGGGAUUAAGCACUAAACAUGGGGAUGUCCCAUUGCAUUCUGUUAGAGCUAAAGUAUUUACCUUAAACCCGACCAACAUCAAUAUAAACGAAAAUUGGAUUCCGUUAUCCUAUGGCGACGUUACGGUAUCAUUCUAUUAUGACAAGAGUCGUCAAAUUUACAGAAUCUUGAGCUUUGAAGAUGGCAACAUUUUGAUCAAUAGUGUCAUGACACCUCGUAUGAGUUUUGAAAUUUUAUCUCCUUUAUUUGGUAAAUGGGCCGAUUUCAAGGCUAAUGCUUUAUACGGAUUGGGAUGCUUAAAGGAAGAAGAUCUUGAAAGGUUUUCAAACAUCUUUAACGAAAUCAUGACCAUAAUUUGUCGCCGAGUCUCAAUAAAUGGGAAGAAUUUUGUCUCUCGAUUAAGUCAAUCAUACCAUCCUUUACUUGAAAGAAAAACAUCUUCAGAUACAGCCUCAUCUAUAGACAUAAAGACUAGUAAACGGAAAGGAAAAUCGUUGUUCGAUAAAAAUGAGACUAAAUUGUUUAACUUUAGAAGUCCCCAAAGUUUUAGGAGUGUUCAGAAUUCGCCAAAAAGGUAUAAUAUAUUAGGCCAUCCUUUGAUACCUCUGGAAUCGCGUUUAAGACUGGAAAACGAAAAACUAAAAUUAGCAGUUUCACUCAAUGCUGAGAGUACUCAAAAAUAUGAGACUGAAAUAUUGAGUCUUAAGAGCCGUAAUCAAGAUCUCUCAUUCGAACUUCAAAAUCGCGAUUCCAAAAUGUUAAAUUUAGAAGAAAGUUUAAAGUCAUUCAAAAAUGAGUACAACCACCUUCAGUGCCAUAUGAAAGAUAUCUAUUUAUCCAAAAAUCUCAUCAAAACACUCAAAAAUCAAAUGGACAAAAUAUUCCAACAAGUACAAAAUCUGGAGGAUAAAUUUAAUCAAGAUUUUCAAAACUUUAAUAUCGACGAAGAUGGCAAGAAGAUGGAAGAAUGAAAAUGUUUAAUCAGCAUAAUAAUCAAUUAUCAUUGUUAUUAUUUUUAUAAAUCUUUUAUAAUUAUUAUCUAAUAUCCUACUAUUUGUAAUUAUAACCUUUUUAAUAUGAAUCUAAUAAAUUA